AUGAACAGCCUCACCCUCCAAAUUCUCAAGGGGCGGAGAUUGUUGAUGUUCGGGUCUCUUUUGAUUAUGAACUCGGCUGGUUUGAGCUACAUCUUCGGCCUUUACUCUAGCGAAAUCAAGUCCUCGCUUGGCUAUGACCAAUCCACCCUCAAUUUGAUCAGCUUCUACAAGGACUUAGGUGCCAAUAUCGGUAUCAUCUCUGGCCUAGUCAAUGAGGUCACACCCCCAUGGGUUGUUUUGGCAAUUGGUGCUGUUUUCAACUUUUAUGGAUACUUCAUGAUAUGGCUUGGCGUGACUGAAAGAAUAGCCAAGCCCCUGGUUUGGCAUAUGUGCUUAUACAUAUGCAUCGGCGCAAAUUCACAACCUUUUAUCAACACUGGAGCCCUUGUCACUUCCAUAAAGAAUUACCCUGAAAGUCGUGGACUUCUUAUAGGUGUUUUGAAGGGUUACACGGGUCUAAGUGGGGCUGUAGUUACACAGGUGUACCAUGCUCUCUAUGGUGAAGACCCAAAGUCUUUGAUUUUGUUAGUAGGGGUUAUUCCAGCAGUUGUAUGUGUGAUUUUUCUUCCAACCAUGCGGAUCAUGAACGCUCCUCGGCAACCAAACGAGCUCACACUUCUCUAUCAUUUCCUCUAUAUUUCGCUUGGUCUCGCUGGGUUCUUGAUGAUUAUAAUCAUAAUAGAAAAAAGGACCACCUUUUCACAAAGUCAAUACGGAGGGAGUGCAGCCGUGGUACUUUUCUUGCUGUUUCUACCUAUUGCAUUUGUCAUUAGGGACGAGUAUAAGGCUUGGAAGAGCAAGAGAGAAGCCAUAAAGAACGACCAUUCAGUAAUAAAAGUUACAAACGGGGAGGACUUAUCAAAAAAAACAAACGGGGAGGCAAUUAUUUCUAAAGAGAUUCAACAAUUUUCAGUCACAAAACCAACUUUUCAGACACCAGAGAGAGGGGAGGACUAUACGAUAUUACAAGCAAUUUUUAGCAUUGACAUGUGGCUGAUUUUAUUGGCUUCAAUGUGUGGCCUAGGGGGAACUUUAACGGUAAUAGACAACUUGGGUCAGAUUGGAGCUUCCUUACGAUAUCCAAUGAAAAGCAUAAGCACUUUUGUGUCACUUGUGAGCAUUUGGAACUACCUCGGACGUGUGGUCUCAGGUCUUGUCUCAGAAAUUUUAAUUAAAAGGUACAGAACCCCACGCACUCUCAUACUCACUUUGACUCUCCUACUAGCCUGUGUUGGUCACCUCCUAAUCGCGUUUGAUGUACCCAAUGGUAUCUAUUUUGCAUCGGUGAUUAUUGGGUUUUGUUUUGGUGCACAAUGGCCAUUGCUCUUUGCUAUGAUUUCUGAACUUUUUGGCCUGAAGUACUACUCUACACUAUUCAAUUUUGCGGCUAUAGCUAGUCCAAUUGGAUCUUAUCUAUUCAACGUGCGGGUCGCUGGGUAUUUAUAUGACAAGGAAGCUAAGACGCAAAUGGCAGCCCUGGGGCUUGUAAGGAAGGCGGGGGAAGACUUGAAGUGUACUGGGGUUGAGUGCUUCAAAUUGUCUUUCAUUAUCAUUGCGGCCAUGACCUUUUUAGGCACAAUUGCUUCGUUCAUUUUGACGCUAAGGACUAAGAAGUUUUAUAAGACUGACAUUUAUAAGAAGUUCCGCGAGCCACAGGUGGAGGAAGAAGUUAAACCCUUCUCAAUUCUUCUGCCCAUUGACCCACCUGUUCAGGCACUAACUGAGGAGCAGCCCAAGGAGGAGGAUGAAGAGAAAGGUGAAGAGAGCUUGAGCAUGGCGGAGCUGGCCGAGCAAAUUGACUCCUAUGUGAAGAUUAUUAAUGUGGAAAACCCGACCACCAACACUACUCCUGGAGGUCAGAAUGCCCCUAAGGUGAACCCUGCGUCAACCAUACUAACGUCUGGAGACUGUAUUUUAUGUACUUAA